AAUUCAUUAUCACAGUCUUAUUUUAGUGUUGAUCAAGUAUGUUAUAUCGACUAACCAUCCUCACCAUCGCUAUUGGCUUUGUCGCCGCUGCAACGGAGCCAAGUGAUGUCACGUCACAGGAGUACCACCCGUUUGAUCCCGAAGUGAUCACCCAACUUGUUGGAUCUGGGGAUAAAGGUAUCAGAAUUUCAUUCUACGACGGUGCCGGAGGAGAUGGUUAUCUGGGUCAGAUCACGUGGAGGAACCCUAUCAUGCCUCAGCUUGGAGUUUAUCUUCAGUUUAUGACCGGAAAAGGAACCAAAAAAUGGGUUCCAGCAAGUGACGCAGAUGUUAUUCCUCCCAAAGGAGAAGUGGUUGUAAGUUUAGUGUCUGAGAGCGAUAAACUUCACGUUCAUUACCGAGAUAGUAGUGGUGCCACCCAGCAAGCUGAAAUUCCUUACAAGGGGUCCAUGCAAAGAAUGAAUGAUGCCUCCUACAUCAAGAUUGAUAAAUUCGAGGGUAUCAUCUGUGAAGUGAUGAACUUAGAAGAUACUUGCCGUGAGGCAACAACAGCUCCUGCUACUACCCAUCAACCAACCACCACACCCCAACCUACCACUACUCCAGAGCGAACAACUACCCCAGAGCGAACAACUACCCCAGAGCCAACAACUACUCCAGAGCCAACAACUACCCCAGAGCGAACAACUACCCCAGAGCCAACAACUACCCCAGAGCGAACUACUGCUCCAGAGCCCACCACUACUUAUAAACCCACCUAUAAUACAGAUCAUGAUUCUUCAGGACACGUUAGAGAACAAAGUUCACAAACUUAUGCAUCUUAUGCAUCUGAUUCUCAAGGAUCAGUUUCACCUUCUCAAGGAUCAUCUUCCCAGGAAUCAGAAUCGCCAUCUCAGGGAACAGAUUCACAAUCUGAAGGAUCAGGAUCACCUUCUCAGGAAUCAGAAUCACCAUCUCAGGGAACAGAUUCACAAUCUGAAGGAUCAGGAUCACCUUCUCAGGGAUCAAAAUCACCUUCCCAGGAAUCAGAAUCACCAUCUCAGGGAACAGAUUCACAAUCUGAAGGAUCAGGAUCACCUUCUCAGGAAUCAGAAUCACCAUCUGAGGGAUCAGUUUCACCAUCUGAAGGACCAGUUUCAGAAUCUGAAGGAUCAGGAUCACCUUCUCCAGGAUCAGAAUCACCUUCCCAGGAAUCAGAAUCACCAUCUCAGGGAACAGAUUCACAAUCUGAAGGAUCAGGAUCACCUUCUCAGGAAUCAGGAUCACCUUCUCAGGAAUCAGAAUCACCAUCUCAGGGAACAGAUUCACAAUCUGAAGGAUCAGGAUCACCUUCUCAGGGAUCAGGAUCACCUUCCCAGGAAUCAGAAUCGCCAUCUCAGGGAACAGAUUCACAAUCUGAAGGAUCAGGAUCACCUUCUCAGGAAUCAGAAUCACCAUCUCAGGGAUCAGUUUCACCAUCUGAAGGACCAGUUUCACAAUCUGAGGGAUCAGGAUCACCUUCUCAGGGAUCAGGAUCACCUUCCCAGGAAUCAGAAUCGCCAUCUCAGGGAACAGAUUCACAAUCUGAAGGAUCAGGAUCGCCUUCUCAGGAAUCAGAAUCACCAUCUGAGGGAUCAGUUUCACCAUCUGAAGGACCAGUUUCAGAAUCUGAAGCAUCAGGAUCACCUUCUCCAGGAUCAGAAUCACCUUCCCAGGAAUCACAAUCACCAUCUCAGGGAACAGAUUCACAAUCUGAAGGAUCAGGAUCACCUUCUCAGGAAUCAGGAUCACCUUCUCAGGAAUCAGAAUCACCAUCUCAGGGAACAGAUUCACAAUCUGAAGGAUCAGGAUCACCUUCUCAGGGAUCAGGAUCACCUUCUCAGGGAUCAGGAUCACCUUCCCAGGAAUCAGAAUCGCCAUCUCAGGGAACAGAUUCACAAUCUGAAGGAUCAGGAUCACCUUCUCAGGAAUCAGAAUCACCAUCUGAGGGAUCAGUUUCACCAUCUGAAGGACCAGUUUCAGAAUCUGAAGCAUCAGGAUCACCUUCUCCAGGAUCAGAAUCACCUUCCCAGGAAUCAGAAUCACCAUCUCAGGGAACAGAUUCACAAUCUGAAGGAUCAGGAUCACCUUCUCAGGAAUCAGAAUCACCAUCUGAGGGAUCAGUUUCACCAUCUGAAGGACCAGUUUCAGAAUCUGAAGCAUCAGGAUCACCUUCUCCAGGAUCAGAAUCACCUUCCCAGGAAUCAGAAUCGCCAUCUCAGGGAUCAGAUUCACAAUCUGAAGGAUCAGUUUCACCAUCUGAAGAGCAAAACCAGUCAUCGAGUACGACGACCAGUCAAAGAAGAGAAGAAAGUUCAUCGGAGGGGUCCUCAGAGUCCGCAACUACAGGGUAUGUUACCGAAUCAGACGAGACAUCGUCCGGAUACUAUCCGCCUACGACCACUGAAAAAUACGGCAGGGAACCAACAGAGAGGACACACUCAGGAUCUAUGCCAAGUGAUAGUCCAACCAUGGAUUCCGGAGACUCCAACGAUUCCAAUGCCAUCAGAGAAGACUGCAGUGAGAGCGGUGUUGGUAUGUACUAUAACCCUACAACAAAUAAAGCAGGAAUGUGCAACAAUUACGAAGAAAUCCCAUUCCAGGCUAAUAACGACGAAUUAAGUAACUCAAUCGAAGAUUUAGAAGAUCAAUCAGAACAACAAAGGAUACAGAUGCAGUCAAUUGUGCAGAGUCAUGAUGACUUAAGAAUGGAGAACUACCAGCUAAAAGAAGCGAUGAAUGACGUGGAAGGAUCCUUAGUAGUAAUGGAAGAGAAAUAUGAAGAUCUGUCCGAACAGAUGCGAAAUGUAUUGAGAUCUAUUGAGAAGCUGAUGUCCAAGACUGAUGAUGAUGAUGAUGAAGAAGAUAGUGAGGGUGAGGAGAGACGAUGUGAAGGAUUUUCCAGCUACGAAUCUUGCUACGAAUUAACUCCGGAUAAGUUGACCUACAAUCAGGCUAGAGCUUACUGUAAACGUGAGGGAGGAAUGCUGGCUACCUGGUCUAGUGAUAGAAGCGUCCACCGUCAACUUUUGGACCACGCAAUGGAACAAGAUAUUUCUGCCAGCGAAUAUAUCUGGAUUGGAGCUUCUUACGAUGGCAAAACAGAACAAUCGUUGUGGGCGGACGGACGUGAAGUUGAUAUCAAGAUCACUCGUUUCACCAAGCAGACGAGCUGUGGUGCUAUCUUCAAGCGUUACAUCGCUGGAUUCAAAUGCGGCAACGAGUACAGAGCCUGGUGUCAGUUCCUCAACGCUACCGAGAUGUAGGAAGAUGUAGGAGGACAGAUAUUUUAGGAUUUAAAAUAGUCAUUAGACAAUUCCAUGACGAAACAUUCCAUAGAUCCAGUCUACACACAUUCCAUAGAUCCAGUCUACUAAAAUACUGAAAUAGAAACCGAGGAUUGAUAGAAAAGACUCGAGUUGAUAUCUCCUCGCGGUGCAGGCCGUAUGCAUGUUAAGAAGGACGUGUCGAGAAUUAUGUAAAAAUUAAAUUAUAAUAUAAUGAGAAAUGAAACCAAAUGAGACCUAGUAAACGUGAUCAAAACUGUCUUUGACUAUACUGAUCAGCCUAUUCAGCACAUUGAAUAGCAAAACCGAACUCGCUAAAGCAUUGUGGCUAACUAAACAUUUAUAUUUGUUAAAGGGCAAAAAAUUAAAUGUAGCCAAGAAAUGAUGUUCCUGAUAUGUAUGGAAGAGUGACCAUUAGUAAAAUUCUAGGGUUUUUGGAUUUAGGCGAUUUAAACAUUUUAUAAAUUUUAUAAAGUUUUCUUAUUACUUUUUAUGACUUUCAUGUGUAAUUUGAUCAUUAUUUUUAUUUUGUUACAUAUUGCAGGCAUCAUCUCUACUUAUAUGACUAUGUAAAACAUCAUUUUUUAAUGCUUUUAUAGGGGGUUUUUGUCGUAGUUAUCUAGAACGCCAGUCAUGCUAGAACGCUAGUCGCUAGGUUGACAUUAGGUUAAAUUAUUUUCGAGUGUAUGAGAGAUGCGGUCUUGAUUCUUGAUGUUCAUUGUGCGUUACUGUCGUGGCAUAAAUUAUAAUAUGUAUGUACGGAUGACUCGUAUGCUCUGCUGUUUUAUAAUUUUAGUACAUAAUUCAGUUCAAGCACUAUUUAUCUCUUUAUGAUAUAACCAAACUUCAGG